AUGGCUCUCGAAAGCGGAUCGCUUACCAGUGCUCUUAGAGCAGCAUCCAAGGAGGAGAUUUCGGGCGCAUGCAUCUUCAAUGGCAUUCAAGGGGCAUCUAAGCUCUCUGCGGAGGUGGCUGACAAGGCGUCGUCAUAUAUGUCCAGCCUCAAGCGAACGGUUUGGACCAGGGUGGCCAAGGUGUGGGACGUCAGUUGUAUUCCGGUUCAAAACAAGCUGAAGAGUGCCUCAGUCGACUACAUCAUUCAUGCUCUGAACAAUGCUGCUGGCGAAGACGUGAAAAUGAUGGGAAUUGCGUUUGCAGAUGAUGACAGCGGCGGGAUCGACAAAAUUAUGCGAGCAUGUAUUGACUGUAUUACCUCUGGUAGCCUAGACCACUGGCGUACAGUGGUGCCGCCUGGGCAUUCAGAGAGCGAUAAUAUUGGAGAGAGUGGCGUUGACAUCUUUUUCGUUUUUGACACCGCUCGGGAUAUUUACAAGGAGUGGGCUGGACUACGAUUGGGAAAGGAGCGCCUCAGGGCUGGUGUAGCAUAA